UUUUACAUCAGGGAGGGAAAAUAAUCUAGCCAUGCCAUCGAACUACUGAACCAAAAUCAAGCCAUCCAAAAGGAGAUCUAACCCGGGUUGUGACAAAAACAAAAGAGAGAGAGUUAGAAUGACCAGGUCUUGUUGAUUUCAGCGAAAGCCCAUGUGGACUUAGCCAAACCGUGUCUAAGCGAGUAUUCUAUUCCAACGUCCUACAGUUUGGUUCAAUAAUAUUGAAAACUAAUUCUUUUUGUAGUAAAGUCAAAGUCAAAGUUCAUAUAUGAGUUUGUAUACAAUAAACAUAGGACAGUGAGACCAACAAUGCACAAGUCAAACAACGACAUCUCAAGAAACCUAUAUAUACGAGGCAUUAUCGAAUUCGUUACAUAUACAAACCUAAAAAAACCCUACACUUCUCUAACCAAUAAGAAGGAAUUUAGCACCAAAAAAAACCAAUAAGAAGAAGUAUGAUGAAGAGACAAUUAGUGCUCGUGAUUAUCUUAGUUGUUAUUUUCGUUGCUGUCUUGGACGUUACGCAAGUUGAAGCCAUGAGGCCUUUCCCGGAGGCCGUCGACGAGAUCAGCCUACUGUUGUUCCAGGCGCUUCAAAGAGGUCCGGUCAGUGGCUCUGGUCGGAACGGUUGCACCAAUAUUCCUCGCGGUUCAGGAAGGUGCCGCCACGGCUAAAGCUAUCAUACGAAUCUUCUUCAUUAUUUUUUUAUUCUUUUUUUUUUGUUCCCACAGUUGUGUUACGUACAUAAUUACAUAUACUUAAUUAUACGAUAGAUUUGGUCUCAUAUCAUUUGAACUGUAAUCAACGGAAAUUAAUUAGCUUAUUAAUGUGUCUUCAAUGACAAUACUACAUACAUGUUUUUUUUCUUUUUUUGGGGCUAUUCACUAAAUUGGUCAAGAAAAGCCAUUUGUAGAAACAAAUUUCGUUUUAAAAAUAGAAACUUUAUUGGACUUUUGGUUUGAAAAGGUAGGUAGACAAUACAGUAAAUAAUUCAAGCAUUUGACUUUUACCGCCAAAAGAAAUCACAUCUCACAGAAACAUGCGCUUUAUAAAAAGCCGUUUUCAUGGCAGUGUACCGUAUUGAAAUCACAUCACACAGAAACAUGGUUUGAAAAGGUAGGUAGACAAUACCGUUAGUCGCCCGAGGUUUUUCCCACCGACGUCUCUUCUUGAUGACGAUGUUACUAAAAGUCAUCAGGCCAUGACGGCAACAAAAAAAAAAUCUCCCGUUUAUGGUAAAAUGUGAAGAAUCCCAUAUGUUUUGGCUGGAGGAUUUAUGAGCCACAAGAUACCAACAAUUUUCAUCAACGUUCCUGUGACAACAAAACUUGCAUUGGAGUGUGAAACUUCAGAUAAUUAGCUUUGCAAGUAACACUAACAAAACAUUGUACGUUGAGUAUAUGCAUAGAUGCUACCGCAACGAACUUGAAUUAGAAACAGAUCAUGUAAGUGUACCUGUGUGAAACUGCCUAUGUUCCAAGCAUCAAGUGCUUAUAAUAACGACCCCGGAUAAUUCCAAGCCACCAAUAUUUGGUUGAGCUCCAGUAACUCAUCUUCAUUCGUUCUUGGAUGAGCCUGUAAUGCAGAUCACGCAGCUGUUUAAGGAUUGAACAGAGAUUUAAAGGAGCAGGUCCAAGGGAGAAGGAAAAAAGUUUGAUCACCAUCUAACGAGGCAUCUUUUAAUGCCUUGGGAUAUAGGACGGAAGAAAGACGGAUCUCGCUGAGUAUAUAGUAUCCCAACCUGGAACAGAACCAGCCCUUCUUAGUAAAAUCGCUCUUCAAACUGAUGUCUACGGAUCAAUGAGAUCAAGAGAAGAUAGAACUUUUACCUCAACCAAUGCCAUAGCAGAAGGGUAUUCAAAGAUCUCAAGGCUGUAGUCACCCAAAUA